AGGAGACCGGCGCACUUCUUCAAGAUAAUGCUCCCCUCUGCCAUGGCCCAAAAAAAACUGCUGUCAGCAAUAAACAACAACUGCGCUCACGAGCCCAGCCCACGAGGCCUUGAUGGGUCUAAGGACAGCCCAAUAUGACAAAAUUGGUAUGAGAAAAUAAGAUGGGUUGGGCCAGGCCAGAAGGGCAAGGACAGCCCAAGAAGCCCAUAAAGAAGCAGCGAGGUAACACGUGCGGGGCAUGGGACUGAGUCAGAAGGUCUAACACUUUUACUUGUCAACAAUUCGCACCCACUGGGUCAGGGACAAUCCUGACCCUUGGGCACAGACAGUUGAACAGACUUGGAAGGUGAGUAUGCCCAACCAAGGCCACACCGUAUUUAUUGAAGGACGGAGGCAGACACACCACUACAAGGACCCAAGGCUAUCAACAAUCACCACGAUCAGGCAUGGACGGCCUGUCGCAUGGCAGAGAGUUGACAGAGGACAUGACCUGGGCACCACUUCAACCAGCUUGUCAAGUUGGCAAGUGGGAUUGGAAAGAGCUACUGGUGAGAAGGAGAUUUGGUUUCACGAGGGUUGGCAUGAUUUUGUAGAAUAUCAUUCUAUAGAUUCUGGCUACUUUUUAGUCUUCAGAUACGAAGGAAAUUCAAAUUUCCAUGUUCUUGUAUUUGACAAGACUGCUACUGAGAUCCAGUAUUCAUCUAAAAACUUGGACGAUGAUCACAUGAUUAUGUUAUCAGAUGAUGAUGUAGAAAAAUCAAGCCAUGACGACAAGUCGAAAGAAACUCGUGCAAUUAUAUUGUCUAAACAUGAAGAUGGAGAAACAUCUGAUCAUGAUAGGGAAAGACCAGUAGUACUUUCUGGCACAUCCACGAAAGAAAGAAGUCUCAGGAUGUCCAGAGGAAGAGAGAGAGCAAUCCAAGCAGCCAUAACUUUCAAGCCUAAAAAUCCUUCGUUCAUGCGUAUCAUGCCGAGGUCAUCUGGAUCUUAUCGUAUGUAUGUGCCUAGUGGAUUUGCUACCAGCUAUCUUUCUCUGAAUCAAAGUGUCAAACUUCAGACUUCCGAUGAGGAUGAUGGACAACGUGAAUGGCAUGUUAUAUGCCGUUGCCAUCAUAACAGGAAGCCGAGGUUGUCACUUAAACUAGGAAGCGGGUGGAAAGUCUUCGCAAGGGACAACAAUUUGAAAGAAGGAGAUGCCUGUGUCUUUGAGCUCGUCCAGAGGAAGCCUACUGUGCUUAAAGUCUCCAUAUUUCGCGUAGUUGACUAUGUUUGAACUUUCAGUACGUACUGAUCUAAUAAGUUAACUUGUCUAUAUAAUAUAGUACUCAGGCCAAUGUUCAUGUUAAUUUGAUGCAGUCUGUCUUUUCUUUGUUUUGUUUUCUUGAAGAAGGAUACUUUUAAAGAUUAUUAAGUAUUA